AGUGAAAGAGAAAGAUAAGAGCUAGGGUUUUGUCUCUCAUGGCUGGAGAGCUCUGUAGCUGUGGCAGCGGCAUUGCGAGCGCGUGGGAAAGGCGCCAUAGAAUCAGUGCUGCUCCACGUCUUGUUCUCGAUCGUCGUCGCCUCCAGAUUUUGGCUGCUGCAUCCCCGGGCAGCAAGAGAAAGACUAGAGGCAAGAAGGACGACUCCGACUUGAAGUCCAAGUCAUACACGGACGAGGAAGUUUACAACAUCAGCCGCGGAUGGAAGAUCAAGGCCGAGCCUAACGAGAAGGUUGUAGAGAUGGCGGGCUUGAAGUUUCCUGCCAGCCUGAAUAAACUGAGUGACCAAGAUAAGGCGCCCCUUCUCGAGCCUCGGACAGUUCACAAACUUUUGCGGGUUAUGGGUGGCAAAAACAAUGGAAAGAAGCUCUUGUCGCCAAACGAUUCCUCCGUAAGGCCGAUGAUGGAAGUUGUCCGAGGCGCUGUUUUUAACAUGCUACAGGCACGCGGAGGAUACACGGGAGGUUUGCCUCCUGGGAAAUGGCUAGACCUCUACAGCGGUACUGGCUCUGUUGGAAUCGAAGCGUUGAGCAGGGGCUGCUUGGCAGCACAUUUUAUAGAAAUGGACCCGUGGGUGAUAUCCAAGGUUCUCAAGCCCAACCUUGACGCUACGAAUUACACAGAGCAGUCGGUAGUUCACAUGCUCAAGGUGGAAACUUACCUCGAGAAGCAGGCAACCAAUCCAAAGGCCGAAGUUUUCGACUACAUAAGCGUCACUCCCCCUUACGAAGCUGUCCAUUAUCCCACGCUUAUGGAGCAGCUUUCUACCUCUCCUCUCGUGGGAGACUACACUUACGUGAUUGUAGAGUAUCCUUUGAAGUCGAAAGACGAAAUGCCGGAGGCCUGUGGACCUCUUGCAAAGAUUGUAGAUAGGCGCUAUGGAAGAACGCAUUUGGCUGUUUACGGGCCAAAUCCUUGACACAAGUCUAUAGUCAUCGAAUUUCAAGACAAAACAGGACUGGGAAACUUCAAUUUAACGAGCUAUACAACAUCGGUUUUUUCAUUU